AUGUCCGCGCGAAUGAGCAUGACCACACGUCGAACGAGGCCGAAUGCGCCCAGACGAGCCAAAUACCGAGCUGCACGAGCCUUUUACCUGACCUGCUUCCUGGGGACAUGUUUCGCGACAUAUGCCCUGCUGAGCCACACCUACGGACCGACACAAUCGCAAGAGCUGCACAUCAACAGGAGGAGUCUGAAUUACGAUGCCCCGCUACACAUCUUCGGCGUCGAUGACAUUGGCCCGCAGGCCAGCGAGGAUGACAUUUGUCGCCAGGUGCACAAGGCAGAGGACAAAUGCGCCUACAUCCAUGCCCACUGUCCCGAAGACGAGGGUGGAUUUACUGCCUAUCUGGAUCUCUACUACUGCCGGCUGACAGGUCGCCUCCAGCCAGUGGCAUUCAUGAUCCUCAUCGCAUGGCUGGGUUUGCUGUUUUCCACUAUUGGCAUUGCAGCAAGUGACUUCUUCUGCAUAGACUUGAACACCAUUGCCGGCAUUCUGGGUAUGAGCGAGAGUAUGGCAGGUGUCACGUUCUUGGCCUUUGGCAACGGCAGCCCCGACGUCUUCUCCACAUUCGCGGCGAUGAGCACCAACUCUGGCAGUCUGGCCGUGGGCGAAUUGUUCGGUGCUGCCGGCUUUAUCACGGCUGUUGUGGCGGGCAGCAUGGCUCUGAUCCGGCCCUUCCAUGUCGCGAAGAAGAGCUUCGUACGAGAUGUGGGCUUCUUCAUCGUGGCAGCUGCGUUCAGCAUGGUAUUCCUCUUGGACGGAAGAUUGCACUUUUGGGAGUGCAUUGCCAUGGUUCUCUACUACAUUUUCUACGUGGCGUUUGUCGUGGCGUGGCAUUGGUGGCUUGGAAGGAGGAGAAGGAGAAGAGAAAAGGACGCGGCAGCGAGAGGGCAUUUUCUUCAUCCCGCAGAUGAACUGGAAGGCGAGAACGAGCCUUACCAUGACGAUCCAGAAGAUGCGCCGUCUCCGCGCCCGAGCUUUUCGCGUGGUGUAUCUCGCGAGGAUUGGUCCGCAUUGGAAAAUGGAGCACAGGAACCCUUUGAAGAUGCUACCACAAACGAGGACGAAGAAGAGGUAGCUCGAGAUCGCUGGAUGAGUGAACUGGCGAGCAAUAUGCGUCUCACGCGGCCUCAGCAAUCCAGGUCYAGGAAGAACACGGUUUCGGCUGUACGGCCCUCCCUCGUUGGUGCCUUGGAAUUUCAGGCCGUGUUGAAGAGUCUGCACAAGUCUAGGAACAUCCAGACGAUCCCAAUGCACUCACGGCGCUUUUCCGACGACCCUACCUUCACGACCUACCAACAGCAGGACCACAUGGCUUCGGAGACCGAUCCUGGAGUACGGCCGCCUUAUGAGGUUCUCGUCACGGAUGAAAGCUCACCCAUGCUCGUACGGCCAGAGCUAGAAGGGCAGUCCGCUAUUUCCGCUCCCGCUGCGAGAACGAGAGCAGUCAGCGCGAAUGAUGCUGCGACUUUGGGAGUGAACCGAAAGCUGCAGCGACUGAGUCCCAUCCAAACUCAAGGUGACCUCAUCGAAGUCGCAAGUGAAGAUAGUGGGGAAAGAUCUAGGUCGCAGUCACUUCUCGGCGUCCCAUCCGCUUCGGGACAGCCAGUGUCACCGACUGUGCGACUAGAACCUGCAACACCGAGAAAGGAUGCGCCGAUUCAAAGGGAACGCUCGACUUCGAGUGCUCGUCGCAGGAACCAGCCAUCCGAUCUGUUGGCUCCUCCUGGUGACCUUGACAGCCGGGCAGGCAGAAGCCAUCACAGCCGCUCAAGUUCCUCUGACCUUUUAGUUCCACCUGGAUUGGUGUCUCCUGGGCCACAUCAAGUGGGAGACUAUUUCAUCUCAAAGCCCCUUUCCCGUCAAGGCACUGAUGAGUCGAUGAAGGAUGCCGCCAGUCCCGUGCCGCGCGCUGGCAGACUGCCAAAGAUUCAGAUUCCAGACCACGGUCGUUCACCUCCCUCAUCUCGUGGCACAAGUCCAUUCCCAGCCUAUCGGGAUUAUCCUUCGCCCUCCAUGACAGCGAGCACUCGCUCGCCCGUGAGCUAUCGAGCGCCUAGCAUUCGCCUGCCAGAUGCCGAAACAAUAGGCUCGCCAGAAACGAUUCCGGCAGAUCAGAGCGCCGAACAAGAAGUCGUAAGACGGCCGGGUAAGCUCGCAAAGUUCUGGCCGUACAGGUUCUUCCCUCCACCUGGCGUCAUCAUCAGCACGCUGUUUCCCACCAUCUACCACUGGGCGGAGAAGACGUGGUGGGAGAAGUGUCUCGGGAUUGUGGCCGCGCCUAGUGUGUUUUGUCUCACAAUAACGCUACCUGUGGUGGAGAGCGAAAGGGAGAGCUCCGAUGAGAUGACAAGAAGGGAUCUGUCUUAUGACUCUGCCAGGACUGUGCCGUCGAGGAGAGAUUUCAGUCUUGAAUCCGCAACAAGUGCACAGAGCAUUGGUGCGGCACUUAAGGGGAUCGAUUCGGAGUUCUUCCUGGAUGAUGCGGCCCAUCCGCCCUCCACACCUGGCGGCCCAACUGUUCACCAUCCGCACCGCGUCAAUUCUGGGGGACUGGCUGGUCAUGGCAAUUCUGCGAGUGUUGCUGCCGCCACCGAAUCCCAUCGUAGUGACUGGAGCUCACCAAUGAUCUCGGCCGAGCCGCAAACUCUCCAGGCCACGGACAUGCAAGCAGAACCACAACUCUGGAAUCGCUGGCUUACAAUCAUUCAACUCUUCACGGCGCCCAUCUUCAUCCUUCUAGCCAUCUACAUCCAGGCACCCGACGCUCUACCGCCAAGCUGGUUGAUCCGUCCAUCUCUCAUCUGCUUGCUCAUCUCUGUCGUUCUCUUGGUCCCUCUAUUACUAACGACCACCCCAUUCCACCGCCCUCAUCCUUACCGCAUCAUCCUCUCCCUCGUCGGCUUCGUGGUCUCCAUAGCAUGGAUAUCCGCCAUAGCCUCCCAAGUCGUCGGAGCGCUCAAAGCCCUGGCCGUGAUCCUCAACAUGUCCCACGCCAUCAUGGGCCUCACCAUUUUCGCCGUUGGCAAUUCCCUCGGCGAUCUCGUCGCGGAUGUCACAGUCGCCAAGCUAGGAUAUCCCGUCAUGGCACUCAGCGCCUGUUUCGGCGGUCCCAUGUUGAACAUCCUCCUCGGAGUUGGACUGAGUGGAAGCUGGAUCAUGUUGACCGGAGCGGAAAGACGACAGCAUCGCCAUCCCAAGAAAGGAUUGAAAUUCAAGAGUUAUCAUAUUGAAGUCAGUAAGACACUGGUGGUUAGCGGGAUCACGUUACUGGUUACUUUGGUGGGGUUGUUAAUUGCGGUGCCGUUGAAUAAAUGGGUGCUUUCCAAGAAGAUUGGAUGGGCGUUGAUUGCGCUGUGGACCAUGUCUACCAUUUUCAACGUGGUUAUAGAGGUCACGGGGGUUUUGGGCGAGGCUGAGGCGUUUAUGGGUUGGGCGUGA